AAUUCCGUUGAUUGGUGCCGGCGAUGUUCUCAAAGUCCACCAGAAAUCAGACAACCUGCUGCUUCGCAAUACUGUAAAGGGAUCAGGCCGCGUGAUCAGGAUGCAGUUUGAUGGCAGUAACAAGGCGCAGGCCAUCAAAGAGUGCUCGAGUGCCGCAGAAAGUCUCCGGGAGUAUCUGGCUGUCAACACUGUCGAUGACGCCCUGCCGCCAAAUAAUCAGCCCCCCACUGAAGUCCCUGCACCGGUGACACAGCUGUGUCCACAGCAAGGUGAGACGGCCAAAGCCGAACCAGAGGUUGUCCAGGGAUCGCUGUCCAUCAAGCGUCUUGCCCAGAACCUCUUGGGAGAAAAGCCUCUGAUGCUGCCUGGGCUGUACCGUCACGGGUCUUCAGAACCUGGAGACCUGGACGCCUUCGUACGCAUUUGUCUGCUGGAUCCCAGCUUUCCUGCUUUGGUGGAGCAGGUGGAGGGCGAGCUGAGGAAAAUACUUGAAGAAUGAAUCAUCAUUGACAACUGAAGGCAGAGAAGAGGUCAAGCCAGCGCUGCGCUUUUGUGUUUGUUUGCUGUUUUUCCCACGCCGUUCGCUACGUAGGCGUGCACUUGCUUAGCGCUGCCAAUAUCAACAGUGUUGUGGUCGUGCAUUAGCACUUACGACAUUUCAGAUUGUUGAUAAACACAGCUUUAACAAAACUUAAGUUAAUUUUUGAAAUUUUUUAUUCAGAAAAAAAUAUUGGUCUUAUUCAUAUGUUUGAUCGUGGCUAUAUACUCUGGUCCCUCUGUUCUCACAUCAACGCAGGUCCGUUUUCCACCGCAACACACAUCAUCGGUACAUUGUAUUGAAAGGAGGAGUCAUGCAGCUACAGCAGUAAAUGUCGCUAUGCCAGCUUCCAAGGGAUCCCAUGAUAUUAAAGCUUGACUGAUUAAAACAAACUGCCCUCCAUUUAAUCUAUUCAAGAAUACAUUUUGCAUAGGAUUAUAGCCAUGCUAUACAUUCAAAAAAAAUACAAGAUAAAAAUUAUUAAUUAAAUUAGGAAAUGUUAAAAAAAAUAUCUUUUUUUUUUUACAGAUUUCCUAUCAUUUGAACACUCAUACUGCAACAUAUACAAGACAAUCUAAGUUACUCUCAAAAGGAAAUUAAAGUAAUACAUAUACCAUUGAUAUUUAGUUAGUUAAACACACAUUAUUCAUUAUCUGUUUUCACUCGCCAUUACAUUUUGAAUAC